CAAUUCAUUAUAUCCUCUAGAAACUUUUCUUUUUGUUUUUUUGUUUUUAUUUCUUUCUUCUCCCUCAAUUCUUGGUCUUCCCCACACCACAGUCACUUCCCCCUCGAUAGCUUUACCUUUUCUGUCCAUCCUCGUGUCAGACAGAACAGAACCAACAGAGUAGUAAUCACUCUAUUCUCUAAUUCCAUUUUCCCCUCCUCUUUCACUUCUUCCCCCUUUUCUUUCCAUCCAAGCAAACCCCCUCUUCUUUCUCUCUCAUGUAUUCAACGCCUGAGGUUGACCCAGCCCUACGCCGGUCCUAGCCCCCUUUCUCUCCCCUCACCACCUCCGCCGUCACCGCCGCAAAUGCCUCCCCCGUCGUCCGCCGCCGUCGCGCCUCUCCAAAUUCUGCUCAACCUCAUCAACGAAACUCUCUCAUCUCUCCUCCUCUCCUCCCUCGCCGUCAAAUCCUUCGUCGGCCGGUGGCAGGUCCUCCACUCCAAGCUCACCUCUCUCCACUCCUCUAUCGCCGAAAUCUCCGACUCACCUCACUGGGCAGAGAAUCCUCUCCUCCACACUCUCCUGCCCAACCUCCUCUCCACUCUCCAGCGCCUCAAGGCCCUCUCCGACCAAUGCGCCGACUCUUCCUUCUCCGGCGGGAAGCUCCUUAUGCAGAGCGACCUCGAUAUGGCAUCCGCUUCCCUCUCUAAUCAGCUCGCCGACCUCGAUUUGCUACUCAGAUCCGGCGUCCUCCACCAAUCGAACGCCAUCGUACUCUCUCAUCCUGGUCCAGGCACGGGGAAAGAGGAUUUAGGGUUUUUUAUUAGGGACCUCUUCACGCGGCUUCAAAUCGGCGGCGUUGAGUUCAAGAAGAAGGCUCUGGAAUCUCUGUUUCAGCUUCUCAACGAGGACGAGAAAUCGCCGAGUUUGGUGGCUAGAGAAGGAAACGUCGGGUAUUUGAUUCAUCUUCUUGAUUUUAACCAUAAUCACCCCUCGGUUCGAGAGCAAGCCGCCUUCGCCGUCUCCGUCCUUGCGGCGGCGAACGACGAGGCGAGGAAAUGCGUGUUCGAGGAAGGAGGUCUUGGUCCGCUGCUGAGGAUUCUGGAAACUGGCUCGACGGUUCUCAAAGAAAAGGCGGCGAUUGCGGUGGAGGCCAUCACCGCCGAUCCCGAGAACGCUUGGGCGGUUUCGGCCUACGGCGGAGUAUCCAUCUUAAUUGAGGCGUGCAGAUCCGGAUCCCCUGCAACGCAAACCCACGCUGUGGGGGCGAUCAGAAACGUCGCGAACGUCGAGGAUAUCAAGAUGACUCUAGGCGAGGAAGGCGCCGUCCCAGUUCUCCUCCAGGUUCUGGUCUCCGGCGUCAGCGCCUCCCAAGAGAAGGCGGCGAGCUGCGUGGCGUUUUUAGCCUCCUCCGGCGAGUAUUUCCGCGCUCUGAUAAUCCAAGAGCGGGGCUUGCAGAGACUAAUGCAUUUGAUGCAGGACAUUUCGAGCUCCGAUACUCUCGAACACGUUUUGCGGUCGAUAAUCUCGCUUUCGUCUUCAGAUCACACGGCAAGGAUUCUUUCAUCCUCAACCAUUUUCGUCAUCCAACUCGGCGAGCUCAUCAAGCGCGGGAACAUGAUUCUGCAGCAACUAUCGGCGUCGUUGGUCGCUUAUUUAUCAAUCAGUGAUGGGAAUAAGCGAGCCAUAGGGAGUUGUAUGGGCUCGCUGGUUAAGCUCAUGGAGUCGCCGAAGCCUGUGGGGCUACAGGAGUCGGCGGCGCAGGCGCUGGUCUCGCUGUUGGCCGUCCGAUCGAACAGGAAGGAGUUGGUGAGAGACGAGAAGAGUAUGAUGAGGAUCGUGCACAUGCUGGAUCCGAGGAACGAGGCGGUGGCGAAGACGUUUCCGGUCAUGGUGGUGGCGGCCAUCGCCGGCGGAGGGAGCCACGGGUGUCGGAAGAGGCUUUUGGCCUCCGGAGUUCACCCGCAUUUGCAGAAGCUGUCGGAGAUGGAGGUCACCGGAGCCAAGAAAGCGUUGCAGAGACUCGUCGGAAAUAGGCUCAAGACCAUCUUCAGCAGAACUUGGAGGGAAUAACCGGACGAGAAACUAACCCUACCCGCCAAACUCAGGAAUUCGUUUGGAUUUUCUAACCGUCGAAGAAUGAGAAAAGUUCUUUCGUGGACAAGCAACAGGCACACACAUCAAAUACUCCAAACUUUUUUUCUUUUUAUUUUU